AUGACAAUGAUGCUGGAACAAAAAAAUUCUCAAUAUUCUACAUUAAUUGUAACUGAAGGAGAUUCAGCUAAAGCACUUGCUGUAGUUGGCCUUGGUCUUAUCGGUCGAGAUCGUUAUGAUGUUUAUCCAUUAAAAGGUUUGGGUACAUCAACAGCUAAAGAAGCUAAAGAAUAUUUUUCGAAUAUGGAUCGUCAUCAUAUUAUAUUUAAAUAUGAUUCAAUAAAAGAUGAUUUAGCUAUACAAUUAGCAUUUAAUAGUGCAUUAAGUGAUGAUCGUAAAGAUUGGAUUAAAUGGCAUACUGAAGACAUUAAUCAAAGACGUGAACAAAAUUUACCAGCUGAUUAUUUAUUUAAAAAAGAUACAAAACAAAUAAAUUUUAAUGAUUUUAUUAAUAAAGAACUUGUUCUUUUUUCUAAACCAAGUACUGAACGUGCUAUUCCAAGUAUUAUGGAUGUUCUUAAACCUGAUCAACGUAAAAUCAUGUUUGUUUGUUUUACAAAAAGUUUAAUAUGUGAAAUAAAAGUUGCACAAUUAGCUGGUAAAGUUGCUGAGAAUUCAGAUUAUCAUCAUGAUGAACAAUCAUUAACAAAUACAAUUGUUGGUCUUGCAUAG